AAAGAAAAUGUGAUAGAUAAAAUUGACUGUUUGUGUUAAGACAAGAAAAUUGAAAAACUAUAUUUUCAAUAUUUUUCUCUUGUAUAUAUUUAAACCAAAAUAUUGUUUUGUUACGGAGCCAAGAUUAUUACGAUGUGUUGGAUUGUGUUACUACGUCUAUAUGUCUAUAGAAGUUCACUGUGAAAAUUUUUGUCUAAACAGAUGAAAAAUGGAUGGACCUAUGCCGUAUACUUACACUUACCCAUCACCCACAACACAGUGAUCAUUCCAUCAACAUAUCCGAACCGAUUGUCGAUAGUCGACAAACAUCACCCAGUUUCAGACAUUCAACCAACCUAACCAGUUCACCAAAUGAUCGCAAUUCACGGCAUAUAUCGAAAUCGGAAUCAUCACCCGAAUGUGGACCGAUGUCGGCUGAUUCAUUUGGCGAAUCGCAAACGGCAAUCAAUUUAGAUCUGGAAACAAAUCGUCCAAGUGUGGUGGCUACGUCAACAAGAUCAGCUUUCUUACCGUGGGGAAUACAGACACGUACAUCAAUGGCUGCAGCAGCUGGAUUAAUCGACAUGCAGUCACUGACGGACGGAAACCUUAGACCCGGAGAAAUAGUUAUGCGAACCUUGUUUGCCGAUUUCACCAAACAAGCAGAGAAGAAAAUCGAAGGUGUUAUGUUGGAGCCGUCCGACAAAAAUCUUUCGAAGCUCUUGCAACGUGGCGAAGAUCCUCAAUUCGAUCAACUUCUUUGUGCUUUCGGCACUGUUGCUGAACACUGUUUGCCGUCAUUGCUAUUGACACUGUUGGCAUGGCACAAGAGACAAUUAUCCGAUAAUGAGAUAAAAGUCGACCUUAAGAGAAUGGAAAAAAUGGCUACCAAGUCAAAUGUGGAUUUAGAGCUUCAACUGCAACGUCGUGAAUCGGCUGUUGAAUUCAUAUUUUGUUUGGCGUUAAUUGAAAUACUCAAACAACUACAGUUUCAUCCAGGACACGAGGACAUUAUUAAGAAUUUCGAAAAUUUGGCAUUUAAACAUUUUAAAUAUCGUGACGGACUUCAAACGAAUCCUAAUGCUCACAACAUUCACAUGAUCGCCGACUUAUAUGCCGAAGUUACUGGCGUACUGGCACAUAGUCGUUUCAGUUCUGUACGAAAACGUUUUAUGAGCGAAUUGAAGGAACUGCGUCUGAAGGAGGCCAGCCCACACACAACGCAAAGUAUUAUUAGCUUACUCAUGGGAAUGAAGUUCUUUCGCAUUAAAAUGGUGCCAAUCGAAGAGUUCGAAGCGUCAUUCCAAUUCAUGCACGAAUGUGCUCAAUAUUUCUUAGAAGUAAAAGAUAAGGACAUCAAACACGCAUUGGCUGGAUUGUUUGUGGAAAUAUUAGUUCCAGUCGCAGCGGCAGUGAAAAACGAAGUCAACGUUCCAUGCGUGAAGAAUUUUGUCGAUCUUCUGUAUGCACAAACGUUGGACGCAUGUGCUAAGUCAAAACAUCGCUUGGCAUUAUUUCCACUGGUUACGUGUUUGCUAUGCGUAUCGCAGAAAACAUUUUUCUUGAACAAUUGGCACUACUUUUUGGCGAUGUGUUUGAGCAAUUUAAAGAAUCGCGAUUCGAAAAUGAGCCGUGUUGCUUUAGAAUCACUUUAUCGUCUGUUAUGGGUGUACAUGAUCCGUAUAAAAUGCGAAUCGAAUUCUGCAACGCAAUCGAGACUUCAAAGUAUCGUCAAUUCGCUGUUUCCAAAAGGUUCAAAAGCCGUUGUACCACGUGACACACCACUAAAUAUUUUCGUAAAAAUCAUACAAUUCAUCGCUCAAGAAAGGUUAGACUUUGCGAUGAGAGAAAUCGUUUUCGAGCUAUUGUGUGUGGGCCGUCCGAUCAAAAUCAUUAUGACACCAGAGCGAAUGAGCAUUGGAUUAAGAGCUUUCUUGGUUGUUGCCGAUUCACUUCAACAAAAAGACGGAGAACCACCAAUGCCACGUACCGUCGGAGUGCUACCGUCAGGAAACACACUACGCGUGAAGAAGACUUACAUCAAUAAAAUGUUAACAAAUGACACAGCUCGUAGCAUUGGGUUAUCGAGCUAUUUUCCUCAUGUGAGAAGGGUGUUCGUUGACAUUUUGCGUGCGCUGGAUGUACACUACGGUCGUCCACUGAUGCUGACGAACAUGCAGAAUUUGAAUAAAGAGCCAGAUGAAAUGUUAACAGGUGAACGAAAGCCGAGAAUCGACUUAUUUCGUACUUGUGUGGCUGCGGUACCACGGCUGGUACCUGACACAAUGACAAUGCAUGAAUUAGUGGACAUGUUGUCACGUUUAACUGUUCACAUGGAUGAAGAACUUAGAACGUUAGCACAUCAGUCGUUGCAAACGUUGGUGGUUGAUUUUCCUGAUUGGCGCCAAGAGAUCAUUCAGGGAUAUACCCAGUUCUUGGUGCGUGACGUCAUUGAUACGUUCCCACAGCUGGUGGAUGGAGGUACUCGUUUGCUACUUGUUUUUAUCAAUAUAUGGCGGAGCGCUUUGGCAAACAAUCCUCCGCAAUCUGUCAUCCUCAAAUCUCAAACGACAGCCACUUCGACAAUGGACUCAGGAAUAACGCCAAACAUUCCCACCCAACCAUCAUCAACAAUCAAUUCCAAUUCCAGUGGCACAUCUAGUAUUAACUCAAGUGGAAUCUCUAGCAUCACUCAAGCGACUACGGUACAUGUACCAGAAAUACCGAAGAAGAACGAGCAGCCGCUUGCUACGACAAUGCACUAUGUGCAAGGCUUCGCACUGGUCAUGUUAUGCAAUUGUCGAUCAUAUCCGCGGAAAUUGGCUGUAAAUAUUCUUAAGGAAGUGAAAAAUUUGAUAAAAGCUUUAGGGCUGCCAGAGACUGAACCACCUCUGAUUGAUGUUAUUGACAAGUGUUGUCCUCAGGUUUUGGAAAAAUGUCUUCCUAUGCUACCGCAAGCUGAAAAAGUGGCGAUGCUUAAUGCUAAUGUCAUUGACUUGCAGUGGAUAACUGAUAGAACGAGUGGAAUUUGGACGACCAGUCAUAUGGAUGAUUCAACGAAAUCGUCUACAUCCACUUUAAAUCUAUUUCAAACGUCUGGACAAUCCUGUGAUCCAUGGGCAGUUUGUCUGUUCGGCUUCAUGGAACGAAGCCGUGUACUGCGCCAAUGUCCAGCGGUAGUAACGCAAGCAUGGCCGAUCUGUUACCAUCGCGUAACUACUCUGUUCAACAUCAUUGAUCCAACACCCGUCUCGGACAACCGAGCAUCGUUGCUCCGAGCGCCACCAAAGAAAACGCCAUCCGAAGCGCAACGAGACGCUUUGUCUAAGUUGUGGCGAAAUCAAGUGGCGAUGAUAAUGAGAUUGGUGCCGCAGAUUCCGAGUGUGGCUAUACGAUGCGCAUCGCCAGAUUUGAGUCUCAGUAUGCAUGACAACUCGGAUUCACGUUCGUUGUCCGAUUCAUUGGACAAUAUACCGUCGAAUGUAUUUGGACCCGAAGGAAUUGUGACCAGAUUCACCUUGCCACUUUCGUAUGGCCGCAAAGAUGCUCGACAAAAGCGAGUUGGCUCCUCUCCCGAUUCAUUAACAGCCGACCGAAGUGACAAAUCAUCAGCGGCUGCAGCAUCACCAGUGGCUUUGUAUAAAUUGAUUGUACCAUUACUACGGUGUGAAGUAGCUGAUGUACGCGACGCUGCCGUCAAUGCACUGGGAUUAAUUAAUCAUGAUGCUUUGAAAGACUUAAUGGAUGAGCUUGUUAUAUAUAUCCGAGAAGCUGUGGAUCGUAAACAAGAAAAUAUGAGACGAAGGCGUCGCAGGGAUGCUUUACGUUUGCAAUUGGUUAAAGUGUUGGAAAAUAUUGCAGCAAAUUGUACGUUUGGCAUAAGCUCAUGUGUUAUCGAAAGGGAAACAAUGGCACUACAUCCGAUUUUAUGUGAAUACAUAGAAGGCGCUCGGUUGUAUCUGGAAACCGAAACAGAUAAAGACAACACCAGUAUUCGUGAGGUGAAAAAGCACUUUUGCGACUUCAUACGAAUUAUGAUAAAAAGUUUCUCUUUGGAAAGUUGUGCUACAUUGCUAUCACGAGAUCUGAAAAGUAAUUUGUUCAAUCUUUUUGCGUCGUGGGGAUUACCUUUUACUAAACCGUUGGGCAUUGGAUCAUAUCAUGCGGGUGGUACAAAUAAUUCCGUUGAAGAGGGAAAGUUACAGUUUGGGGCACUUAUGGCAAUGUCAGCAUUACUGUGCUGUGGACCGUGUUUUGAUCCACAUUAUUUGUCGGAAGAAGGCAUCAUUUAUCCAUGGUUGGAUUUGAUGCUAACCUCAACUCAAGACAAUAUUUAUGAAUUAGCCAGGGAUACUGUUGUUUUGCUAUUGGAAUCUAAUCCAGACAUUGGACAAUUACUGGAAUGGGUAAUCGAUCGGUGCUAUACUGCUGCACCACGUGAAGCAGAUGCAUGCUUUCUGGCAUUAGCAGCUAUAUUCAGUGCAAGAGAAUAUCCCUGCGAUCAUUACACAUCAGUGAUUAAUGUUACACUUUUAAUGACUGGAUGUCCACGGGUUGGAGUACAUUCAACAGCCAUUCAAUUGCUUCAAGUAUUGGAUAAACGUUUCUUCGGUACUGUUGGACCGUUGCAUGCUGAGGGUGAAAAAGUUGAAGACAAAGUGGAGACAACUUUAGAUGCUGUAUUGAGUGACGCAUAUUGUCGAUCUCAUAUGUUUUUGUCAAAACAAAUGGCCAAAUUACGGCCAGAAUUAACGAUGCCGAUGUUUUCAGAAAUAACGCACCGCUUUCAAACCGCUAGAGUAGAUGUUCGGGCACUUUUAUUACAAUGUCUAUUACCGUGGUUGGAAAAUAUGGAAUUAGUUGCAGCAAGCGUACCACCCCCUACACCAUUAUCAUACAUAACGUAUCCGGAAAGUGUAGCCAGAGGUCGACGUGAAGGAUGUGGUUCAACGGAGGCAACCGAAAUGAUAUUAAAUAAUUUAUUUUAUAUCACCACAAAGUUCGCCGAUCUGCACCCACGAGAAGUUGAGGAAUUAUGGGGUGUAUUAUGCCGAUGCUGGCCAAACAAUCUGAAAGUUAUUUUGAGAUAUCUUGUUAUACUUGCUGGUAUGGCACCGAACGAGCUGUUGCCCUAUGCGAAAAGGGUCGCUUUGUAUAUGGCACGAACGUGUCCCGAUAGACUCAUCGACGAACUAAUGAAUGAACUGCAGACGGUGGAAACGUUGAAUUGUCUUAUCGAACGCACCGAAACACCACCUUUUUAUCGUCUCACCAGCAUGCGGAAAGCUUCAAGUCAUUCGGAUGGUCCAGCGACGGGUGUAAAUGAUUCGCGUUUACAGGAUUUAACCGUUGAAAAAGGAACAAUACACACAAAACGACAUAGCGGAGAAGAUCCAAUUAAGACUGGCACGUGUAAAUCAGACAGUGGUUUACGGUCAAUAAAUUCCAAUUUCCGGCCACCAAGAGGUAGUGAUAAAAUCCGGGCCUCGUCUGGUCCGUCAGUAUUUCCACGAACAGAAGAUAUGAUUCGUAAUGAAUCAGAUCAACCGGAUGAUUCGUUUGAAAUGAGAACCGACCCACCAUUGGCACCACAUCCACUGCCGAUGCCAGAAUAUGGUGGUUAUUUCGCACCUUUAACGGAAUAUCUUCCCGACAUCAGUUUACCGAUUAGCGGAUUUCAUCGGUGCAACGUUGCUGUUAUGUUGCUAACCGAUAUCGUGGUUGAUGGAAUUCCUGAUUUGGACUGGACACUUCAUAUUCCGUUAAUGUUGCACAUUUUAUUCGUCGGACUAGAUCAUACGAGACCUAUUGUACGAGAUCACUGCAAACAAUUACUGAUCAAUUUAUUGAUCGCAUUGACUGAACACAAUGAUCAUUUGACUGUGGCUCGAAUAAUCCUACACAGUGAUACAUCUAAAUUAGACUUAGGACUAACCAUUCCCCAAUUGGCUGUAAUUGUCCAUAAUUUUACUGAACCAGAUCAAGAAUUCGAUAGCUAUCUUUACGGUCCCGCCUCGAUCGUUCCCAAUACGAUUCCUGGCAAUGGAACAAACGAAUUCACUGAAGUGCCUGUGAUUGUAACCGAAGAAAAUGCAGCACCUCAGCCUGGGCCUGCUAUGCCUACCGCCCAUGUCAUCAAAAGUUUAAUACGUUUCUUGUCACAAGAAACUGGCCAACCGUUGUGGAAUUACGAAGACAUUACGGCGAAAGUGUGGACCAUCAAGUCGGCCGACCAAUUGACAUGUUUCCUUCAUCACAUUCUGAAAGUGUAUUCGGACAGUUAUUCGAAUGCGAAAUUGACGGAACGUUGGGCUCAGACUGCAUUACAACUAGGUCUAAGUUGCUCGUCUCGACAUUAUGCUGGACGGAGCUUGCAAGUAUUUCGAGCGCUCAAUGUUCCGAUCAAUUCAAGAAUGCUGUCAGAUAUUCUAUCACGACUUGUGGAAACUGUGGCGGAACAGGGUGAAGAUAUGCAAGGCUAUGUUACGGAACUAUUGCUAACACUUGAAGCAGCUGUCGACAGUCUGGAUUCAGACUUCCGUCCUCUCGAUGUAAUGAAGGAUAUUUUUAAAAGUACGCCGAAUUUGAACAACAAAGACGGAGCAAAUGUCUCCAGUGGUUGCAAAAAAUCACCUUCGGGAAUUGCUCCGUUAGCUCCGAGCCACAUGGUCUCCAAUAAGCAUGCUAGAAGUACGAGCUAUUCAGUUUCGUACUGCACCAGGAAGACAAGUAAUUCACCUAUUGACAAACAAGUGGAGCUGAGAAACAGAGCAACGGCCAUAGAAUUGGAACGAAAUACAACAAAGUUUGGACCGGCCGCACUAUCUCGUUCAAGAAGUGCACAAAGUUUAAAAUUACUUGGUGACACUGCUACUCAGGAUGAUAAAAUGACUAUACUGGCGCAACUAUUCUGGUUGGCUGUUUCUUUAUUGGAAAGUGAUUAUGAGCAUGAAUUUCUGUUGGCGUGUCGUCUAUUAACUCGAGUUCUGCAUCGCUUACCUCUCGAUCGACCGGAUGCAAGAGAUAAAGUGGAAAAGUUGCAGCAACAAUUGAAAUGGAUUGGUUAUCCGGGUGUCCAUUCGCUACUGUUGAAGGGUUGUACACAUUCCGUGACGUAUGAACCGACAAUCACGUUGUUGUCGCAACUGGCACCGCUUUUGAGUCUUCCAGUAUGCGAUCCAACGGGAACGUGUGCUUUUCCGAUGAAUGUAAUUGCAUUGCUCCCGUACAUGCUUCUUCACUACGAGGAUGCAAAUGAAGUAUGCAUUCGGAGCGCCGAAAAUAUCGCACAAGUCUCGUCGGAAUUGGGAUCGAAACUGGAAAAUCUCGGUACAGUGAUGACAUUGUACAGUCGUAAAACGUUUAGCAAGGAAUCGUUUCAGUGGACUAAAUGUGUUGUCAAAUAUUUACACGACACGUACGCGUUCAUGGGACUGCGCAUGUUGGCCUUUUUGAUUGAGGUGCUCGAAAAAGGCAUGCAACAAGUUCAAGUUCCCGUCUUGAACGUGUUACAUUGUAUGCUGCAUUACAUCGAUUUGUCGUCUCCACAAGCCCAACCGAUAAGCGGUGAUUUACUCAGGGUCAUUGCCAAAUACUUAGAUAACUCUUACUGGAAAGAAGCUCUUAAAAUUUUGAAAUUGGUCGUUACUCGAAGUUCCAGUUUACAAGUUGUACCACAAGGAACCAGCGGAACAUCUCAAAACUACCAUGGCAGUUUUAGUGAUUCCGAAGUGUUUUGUAAAAAGGAACUAGCUGGCCGAACCAUGGACUUUACAUUCGAUGUGUCUCAAACACCAUUAAUCGGCCGUCGAAUUCUAUUGAAGUCAGAUUCGAGCUCCAAUCAAAAUCUAAAUCGUGGCGGUCAGACAAUCUACUUAAGCCAUCACGGUACGCCCAAUUCACCACGACGAAGCGCUAGCCUGUCACCGGCUGAUGCAGCUACACUGAGUGGAUGGAAACGACCAUGGAUGUCACAGGGACGCGUUCGUGAAUGCUUGGUAAAUCUACUAACGACAUGUGGCCAAAGAGUAGGACUGCCGAAGAGUCCAUCGGACCAAUUAACAUGCCCUAUUUGCACUAAGUCGUUUUGCAUGUCCACAGGAUCAGUACACACGUUACACACUGUAAUAUUCAGCCAAUCGUCCGAUCUAAUGGAACGACAAUCGUCGGCCGCUUCGAGUACCGAAGAAACGUCUGGUGCACAACAAGACAUUAGCGGUGGUUCUCGUCGCGACGAUGGACAGCCAGAUUUUGGUGUAUUCAAAGACUUUGAUUUCUUGGAAUAUGAAAGUGAGAGCAUCGAGGGUGAAUCGACCGAUAACUUCAAUUGGGGAGUUCGUCGUCGACCGUUAUCUGAGGGCGAUAGUGAACCGUUAACUGGAUCGAAAGGUCAUUCAGCUUUAGAGGAAAGCUUAAGUGAGAAAACUCCGAUUCUGACCAAGAGACGGCCUCGUCACAAUCCAGAAGAUUCGUCCGACGAAGAUAUCGAAUCUGAGUCCCCGCUGGAUGAGUAUCAGAAACCAAUUUUCUCCAAGUCGAUUUACUUGGGUGGACCUCCGAAUACACUAAGUAUUCGUGAACGUCGACAACGUCGAGAUUCUGUUUCUCGCAGUGACACCAGUGGUUCAAGUGCUGGUGAUUUGGGCGACAUCACUCCAUGUAAUGCGUCGCCCCAUUUGCCUGGCAUGAUUUCAUUUCGUCCUCCACCGAUUCGUGAUGAAAGUGAAGAGAUCUGGAGACGUAACUUGCAGAGUUUGCUUGUCGAUCAGCCCACUGGACAUGCACCGGAUCUGUUAUUCCAAUUGUAUAAAUUGAUUAAGGACGUUACCGCGAAGUCCAUUUCAAUCUCUAAAGAAUCAAUGAAAUACUUUACCGGUGCCGGUAUACUCAUUGGUAAUCGAAUCUCCGUUUUAUCAGACCUACUAUCAUCGAAGGAAGAACCGCCUCGCAUAUGGUACAAUCAGGCGAUUCCUACAACGCCUCGACUGUCGGAAACACUUCGUUUUGGUGUGUUAGAAAUUCAAGAGCAUCUGGAAACUUACUUUGAUCGUAAAGAUCAUGUGCUGGAAUGCUUGGAAACGAUCAAAUCGUCCACGAAAUUGGCUUUAUUCAGUGAUACUGAGUCAGCUCACGAAGGAACGAGCAACCUAACAACCAAUCCAUUCGACCCAACAUCGUCCGAAGUUCUAAUUGAGCUAGGUCGAAGUGUCUAUAAAUUGAUGUUCCAGUUGUUGCUGCUUAUUGAGUCAAAUCACAAACUAGCAAUUAGCGUCAUAAACACCCUGCAGAACAAUGACAGAAUGGAAGAUUUAUCCAUGAACUAUUUGGCUGUUCGUGGUGCACUUUUACGAUGCAUCGAUGAUGUAGACGUCGAAUCUCUAGACACGUCUACCUCUACGGAAGGCGAAGUAACACCAACUCCGUCGCCCGGUAUUCCGAUGUCGAAAUCAGAAUACGAGAACGUUUUAAUCGAAUUGAUUGACGGCCAAAAGUGGUCAGCCGCCAUUUCGCACGUUCGCCAGCAUAAGAAGUUGUCCAGCAUGUCAUCGUUAAAUUUACUCGUCGGACCGUCGUCCCUAUUGGGAGUAACUUCAACUCAUGAACACACGCUGGGAUUAACCGACGAUUUAUCGUUAAUUUUGACCUGUUACUCGCAAAGAUUGAUCAAAGACAGAAUCGACGUCUUCAUUUCCUCACGCACCGAAUAUGAUCUCAUUGAGACGCAAACGAUAUUGAUGGAAAAUGUGUACCACGUUUCCGGUGCAUUAACUAACAUGGAGAUGUCGCUGAAAGGAGGAAACUCUCAGCCAGUGGCUUCGAAAGACAUAGUCGACAUAAUUACUACACUUUAAGAUCGUCAGCGUUAGCGACAGUUGCUAUGCCACGAUUUACAUUUAUAAUUUAGCAAAUUGAGUUAAUUAACUGAAUGCAUAAUGCGUAUACUUGUAGCAUGUGAAAAAAAUAGUUUUUCUAUAGAAUAUUGUGUACGUGAAGCUAUUAUACAUUGUAUACAAUACUAAGAAGUAAGAAUUUUUCAAAUUAAAGACUUAAAUGUAA